AAACUUAGCGCGGGAUUGUGCUAUAAAACGUUAACGGUGCUGCAGUUGUUAAUGGCAUUGGAUGCUAGUCGUUCAUAAGCUGUCUCUAAGCAGCCUGAAAUCCUAAUAUGUUUAGGAGCGGCCCGCUUUUCUCAUUUCUGCAAACGUUUUUAUUAUCGCGGUGAACGUGUUUCGCAUUCCGCGCGCUAGGGGGCCGUGCGUCUCUUCUUUUCCCUCCGCUUCUGCUACACUCUCGGCGGUGGCCGGCGCGGCGCUUUUUUCCGCGCUUGCUUGUUGACGACGACAGUGGAGCCGGCCAACGUAGCAUCGCACUUGGUGUGGGCGGUACGUCGAAGUACUUGCAAGACACCCGGAAUUUGGCCUUUAUUUUUUCCCUCGUUGAUUUCGGUCCCACUGUAACGACAAGGUCAGUUUCUGCUCUGCGGGGGUACUCCGUGCGCCCGAUGCACUUGCCAUAUCCGGCGGGAGAAGAGCGCCGUAGUAGUCGUGUAGUGUAGUGAGCGAGUCUACUUUCGUACCGAGUGACCGACGGGUGAGUGAGUGCCCGCAUUAGCAGCAGCAGCCGCACAAGCAGCAUGUCGACGACACCGGACCUGUUGCCGGCCGAAGCGCCGGCGCCCAGGCUCUGCCACCUGAUCAAGAUCCCCACAUUCGACGGAUACGGAUUCAACCUGCACGCCGAGAAGUCGCGGCCCGGUCAGUUCAUCGGCAAAGUGGACAGCGGCAGUCCCGCCGAGCUGGCCGGCAUGCUCGAAGGGGACCGCAUCGUGGAGGUGAACGGCGUGAACAUAGCCAGCGAGAGCCACAAGCAGGUCGUCGAGCGCAUCAGGGCCGUGCAGAACGAGACGCGCCUGCUCGUGGUGGAUAGCGUGACGGACGCGUGGUACACCGAGCACAAGCUGGUGCCCCGCUCGACGCAAGAUAACGUGCGCUACAUUCGGACUCCCACCGGCGACGAUGACGACGUCGACGGCGGGUUGCAGGCGCCCAACGGACACCACUCGCCGCAGGAGGCGGCCGAGGAGCAGCAGAGUGCAUCGCUUCCGUCUGCAAAGGAGGAACCAGAGGAGCCCGAGAAGGCGACCACUGACGGCGACGUGGCGGCCAAGGCCGACGCCGCCGAGCUGCCCGAGGACGCCCCGCAGCCGCGCCUCUGCCACAUGACCAAGUGGCGCGACUUCGAGGGCUACGGCUUCAACCUGCACGCCGAGAAGGACCGGCGGGGCCAGUACGUGGGCAAGAUCGACGCCGGCAGCCCCGCCGAGUACGCGGGACUGCGCGAGGGCGACCGCAUCGUCGAGGUGAACGGCGUCAACGUCCAGCAGGAGGCGCACCGCGACAUCGUCGAGCGAAUCCGCGCGGUGCCCGACGAGACGCGGCUGCUCGUGCUCACGGCCGAGGGCGAACAGUGGUACCGCGACCGGGACAUCGAGGUACGUGGUGACCAAGCCAAUGUGUUGCGGCUCCGCAACCCGGAGCUGAACCCUGCUACCAGUGGAAAUGGGCAAGGUGAUGGCGCUGCGGCUGCCGUAGCCGAUGGAAGCGAAGGUUCCCAAGAGGACGAGGCAGCCCAGUCAGCUCCCACACCUGUCCUGAGGCGGCAGAGUGGGUUGGAAGGAAAGGAGGAUGCAGAAGAGGAGGAAAGCCGUUCCUCGGAGCCUGAACCCGUACCAGCAAAAGCAGAGGUGCCUGCAAGAGAAGAGCCAAAUGCUGCUGGGGACAAGCUGGCAAAGAGCCUCGCCACCGGAAUGAAUCAAGCAGACUCAAGCCCUGAAGCCAAGCCCGCACCACCGACAGAGCCUGCACCAUCAGAAUCGGCCAAUGCCACGAGCAACGGUUCUCUCAACAUGCUCAACAUGAGCGCCUCUGAGAUGCGGCAGCUGUUGGCGCAACGCAAGAAGCAUGAUCCGAAAAAGAUCCAGAUGGACCUGAAGAAAAAGUAUGAGCUCAUUGAGCAGAUGUGAGCUGGUUGUGUCUUCUGUCGAACGACGCCAUUAGUUAUGUGUGGCUGGUCCCAGCACACAUUUUGUGUGCUAGUGUAAUAGAUAUUUUAUGUAUCUCCUUUUUAUCUGGGAGCUGGGAGGGUUGUGUACCUGGGCGAAUGUGCAACUCUGGAUUCACUGUUCUCUGGAUUCAGCUCUGGAUUUACGAGGCACCGAUUGCAUUCUUUCUUUAGACAACGCUGAUUUCGGUGCUGUCUACUAAGGAAUGGGGCAACCAUAUGGGAGAGAAGAGUUUGGGAAUUUGGCAGCAUUGGUGUGUUCCUGAUGUAGGUGCUGUCAGUAAAAAAAUUAUCACCUUCUCUGCAUGCCUGACGAGAUAACUGUUCAUGUUGGCGAUAGAUUUUGCUUUUUUACGCCACGUGGCUAUUCAGCAAUUUGGCAAGAAUUGUUUUUUGAUAACAAUGUUGUUGAGCUAUUGUUUCAGAUGGAACAGCAGUUGUCUCGGUGUUGAGGGGACUGUAUUGACAACUGUCUGUUCAGCUAAUUAACCACGAUGUAAUUAGUUGCAGCACACUGAUAUAUGUCACUGGUAAAGUAAAUAUUUUCCCACGGAUCACUUUUGCUGUGUAAAGAGGCUAUUGCCAGGGGCUUUUCUCUGUCAAAUGUGAUCCUGUGCUUCUUCAUAGGACAAUUAAUUUUUUUUAUGCAUCUUCUGUUCUCUGAUGCUGCCUUUGACUUGAGAUUGAAGGCUGUGCUUGGCAUGGGCAUUCAUCCAGUCUUUUGAAACAAAACUAAUUGUGCCCUCAUGAGAUCCUUGUUGGAUGGGUCCUUAAAAUUUUUGCUAUCACCUUAAGCUGCUGACAUAAUCAUUGUGUUUCGAGGACACAUAAUUGUAGGAGGCGAAGAAUGUUAUUGGUACGUUUGUUUCAUUGUGUGCUGCACAUGUUGCCACAUUCCAAACAUUACGUCAAAUAUGUUAGACUAGAUGUGGGUAGAUAGUGAAACUGAUUGCUAUUGCUGAGUUGUUCCUAAUGUAAACAGCUUGAUUUUUAAAAAAAUUUUGCACUUGUCCUUGAAUAUGUAAAAAGUUGACUCGGUGAACGAUCUGUGGAUGAAAAUUCACCUUGGAAUGAAGCUCAGAUCAAAUAUUUACAUUUUCGCACAUUUCUGCGUGCACUUGUGUGUUGACUGCAGAAAGCCAUUCCUGGUGAACUUGCAUUCUCACAGUGGAGGCUGGGCUCCAACUACAACAAAAGGCUAACUUUGGCAUUUUGUCUUUUGAAGCUUUAGAGAUGCAAUAAUAAAAUCUUGAUCACAUUUCCAGGACAGGCACUCUAUUUAGGAUGCCCGCUGGACAUGCUGAGUUAGCAUAAAACUUAAGAAAUAAAGCUUUUUAAAUAUUAUACAUAAGUUUAGAUUAAAGAUUGUGUCAAUGGAAACAUACUACAUGCGAAGGCACUGUUAUGCCACAUGCAACCUUAUCUUUGUACUUUAAGGUUAGCGAGGUAAAGGUUGCUUAUAUUUGGUUUCUAUGAAGCCAAAACUUCAGCAUUUCAGGAAUAGUUGGUGUACAGUUGGUGUACAGUUGGUGUACAGUUGGUGUACAGUUGGUGUACAGUUGGUGUACAGUUGGUGUACAGUUGGUGUACACUUGGUGCAAAAACCUUGCGGGAUCCAGGACACACAAAAAUUCAAUUUCAUUCCAGUUUUGGGUGGUGCACAAUAGUGCACGCAGCAAAUCUGAAGUCCAGGCUGUAUGCAUGGGCUCGGGAAAUACUUAGCUUUUUCUUGUUUUCUGCAUCUGACAAAACUGACAAACGCUGCACUUGUUGGGUGACAUAUUGAUCAGCCUUCCAUUGCUCAUUAUCACUGUGAUGCGCAGCCAGAAAUUCUACACAGCCUUUUCCGAUUUUUCCAAUCUAGGUGUUGUAGGUGAUUCUGCCAAUUCACGAUCAACUUUGGUACCGAAAGGCAUUGGGUGGUUUCAAUUGAAAGCAUUAAAUGAUGUAGAAAGUGCAUUGACGCUUGUAAUAUCAGACCCUUCCUUGUGCCUUAGCACGUAUUUCACAGCACAUAAGUGCCAUUGCGUCUAGUUCCAAAUAAGUGCUUUCAAAUAUUGCCAGCUGUAGUACCAUCACAGGGUCUUGUAGCCAAUGCAUAAAACUGUUGAAGCCUCUGGGGUCUGGCUCAUUUUGAUGAGAUGCAAAGAUUUUGUGUGGUUGUUUUACAUUUAUGAUUGUGAAAGAUUUUCAUAAUUUGCAUUUAUGUCUACUGUGUGUGAAAGGUUUGACAUUCAUGCAAGGUACGAACAUUGAGGAAAACAGCUGAUUUGAAUUUACGACUGUCUGUUGCAGUCUUCACUCCGAAAUUAAAAUGGUAGUAUGAUUAAUAUCCUUUGACAUCCGAGCUCUUCAGCAUGUGCCUAAUAACAAUGUUCGAGCCUGCAUGCCUGCUAUAGUCAUUACUGGAAUACUGGAUUGGGUGUUUCCUUUAACGUAGGCGCACCCUGUAGGUGCAUAAUGUUAUGGAUGAUGUAUUGUGCAGGAUGACACCUAAUUAAAGUUCUAGCAUGUACUAUUGCUUGACUGAAGUGGUGAAAAAAGUAGUAGUAUUAAAGUUUCUGCCCUCAAGAACUACAGUGACCAUCAUUUUCAAUGUGGGCCUUUUAUUUCUGUAUGAAAGCUAUUGUGUCUGCAUGGAUGUAAGCACUAUCAAUUUCUACGAGCUCUUUGUACACGUUGAGCAUUGUGUGUACAAAAAAAAGAUCAAAACUGAACAAUAUCUGCACAUUCCUUUUUUUCUAUGUGCGUUGUAUAACUGGACCAAGUACAUUGCAUAUGUAUUUUAUCUGUAGCAGCGUUGAAGCUUUGGACCUGGUUUCCUAAAUAUUUUCUGUUUUUAUACCUGAUUGUCUUUGGAGCAUUUUUUUGAUGCCUGAUGCUGCAUUUUUGCACACUUUUUUUUUAACAGAAGCCUUAUUGGACGUUGUUUUUCUGUCCAGCCUAAUUCCGAUGCAACAGCCACUUAUGGAAGUGCUGUUUCUGACUGCACGCCAACAUUCCUGUCGUUUGAUUCAAGAGAAGGGUUUUCAUUGUUUUUGUGGUGUAUGUGUGUGCGAGUGUACUGAAACAGUCGCUUGAUUUUGUGGUGAAAUGCACUUCGUUUUCUGCAGUUGCACCAUCUCAUCAUAUAUUUGUGAGAUGAACGUUACUCGGAGUUUGAUCUAGUUUUGUUUAAUGUGUGUUUAUACCAUGAAAACUCAACUUCUCACAAGCUGUUUGAGCUGUCUAGAAUGUAAUUUUGGUCCAGCUACAGUGCACCAAAAUUACUGCCAGCUCAACAUAAUUUAAUGGCACCCUGUAUUGGCCUAAAGGUCGUUUUUCUUUUAACAUUUGCUUUCAUGAGGUGGUCACAGCUCUCAUUGUGGCCAGGGUUUGGGGCACGUCAGUGUACUGUUUUUAAGCACUCCGCUCUCCAUAAGUGCCUGAACAAAGUUUGUGGCAUCCCGCUGCCAAGAUAUAUCCCCUCCUUGUGGGGCAUCACCAAGUGCCUUUAUCUAAUCCCGAAUCUGAUUGACCUCUUUUGUCGCUGUCCGUGAAAUGGAAGACUUAAUUUUGCUGGCUGUGUCUUUUCAAAUACCAGCAAUAAAAGUUUAUUGAACAAUU